CCACGACCACAUGUUUACAGUUUAACACGGGUGCAUCAGCUGGUGCGUGGAAGAGCGAGGAUCAUUGGUCAUCAAAGGACACCAGAGGAGCGUGGCCGAGGUAACCAUUCAAAGCGUCAGAGCUUAAAGAAGAGAAAGCAGCAGCAGGAGACUUAAGGAAGCGACUGGAGGUUUAUGUUGGUUGGAAGAUGUCGAAAAAUAAGAAAGUGCUCUUUGAAGAGUCUGAGAAUGAAGAAGAGGAGGAGGAGGAUGAUGAGCUGCACAUCAACAAAGCAUAUGCCAAUAAGUAUCAGGAAUGGCGGCUGUCUGAGGAGCUCCAGAAGUACAAGGAUCGAUUUGGGGAUGAAGAUUUGACAUCAUCAGAGAGCUCUUCAGAUGAAGACUUUGCAGAGGCAGAUAAUCCUGAAUUUGACCGAGAGUUUUUACGGACUUUGGGAGCGCUGCAUAAGAAGACCGACCCCAAGCUGCAGGGUGCCAGAUUUUUCACCGGGGACUACAGCAAGAAGAAGGAGAAGGAAAAGGAAGAGAAGUCCAUGACUGUUAAGGACUACGAGCGUCUGAUGAUAACAGACCGUGGCGGGGAGCUUGACGAGGAAGAGGAGGGCCAGGGAUCAGUAAAGGGUAAGAUGAAGGCUCCCAAGAGUAAAGUGAGUGGGUUUGAAGAUGGCCUGAGCAGCGAUGAAGAUGAUGGCAGUGAUGCACUGCUCAAGUCUGGACUCUUCAAAGUCAAGGAAACUCCCAAGCCCUCAAAGGAGGUGGAGGCUGAGAGCCAAGAGGAUCCACUUGCCUUCAUCAGGGGUGAAUCUUCAUCAGUAAAAAAUGAUGAGGACAGAGAUCUGCUGGAGGGCCUGAAAAAAGUGUGGAGUGAUCCAAAAAGAUCUAAAGAUGAAAAGUGGCUGAUCGACUACUUUGUCAAUGAGAGGUACAAUGAAGAAGAAGAUGAGUCAAAGUUGCGGCCCUACAAUGGGGUGGUGAUAGAUGAAGAGCCAAUAUCAGACGAUGAGAAGACCCUGGAGAGCAUGGAGACCUUUGAGACAAAGUACAGGUUCAGAUUCGAGGAGCCCGAUGAAGAGUUUAUCAAGAAGUAUCCGCGCAUCAUACCAGACUCCCUGCGAACAAAGGAUGAGAGCAGGAAACAGAAGCGCAUUGCCGUGAAAGAGCGUAAACAGAAAGAGAAGGAAAUAAAGCGGCAGGAGAUUGAGAGACUGAAGGCAUUGAAGUACAAAGAGAUUCAAGCUAAAAUUGAAAAGAUUAAAGAAGCUUCGGGAAACCAGGAUAUAGAUCUUGGGGUAUGUAUAUAA